CCAAAACCCACCUGCAAUUCUCUCUUUCUCUCUCUCUCUCUCUCUCUCUUUAUCUUCUUUCUUCAAAGUCUAUCACUUUAUAAAACCCUAAUUAAAUCUCUAAACUCCUUAGCCUCUCUCUAUUCUCAGAACCUUGUGGUUAUUCUCAAGAAAGGUUUCAUUUUGAGAUAAAGUUUGCUGCUCUUUCUGGUUGUGGAUAGAUCAAAAGAAUGGAGAUUGCAAGUCAAGAAGAUCCUAUUCCAAUAAACACUAGUUAUGGUAAUAGUGGAGGUGGGCAUGGGAACAUGAACCAUCAUCAUCAUGCCAAUUCUGCACCAUCAUCUCUCAACAUUACUACUUCAAACCCACUACUAGUCUCCUCAAAUAGUAAUGGUCUUGGUAAAAAUCAUGAUCAUUCUCAUCAUCAUCAUGUGGGUUACAACAUCAUGGUUACCAACAUCAAGAAAGAGAAGCCUGUGGUGAUAAAGUACAAGGAAUGCCUAAAGAACCAUGCAGCUACCAUGGGAGGCAAUGCCAUUGAUGGUUGUGGAGAGUUUAUGCCAAGUGGUGAAGAAGGUUCCAUUGAAGCUCUCACUUGCUCAGUUUGCAACUGCCAUAGAAACUUUCAUAGAAGAGAAACCGAAGGUGAAGAGAAAACAUUCUUUUCCCCUUACCUCAACCACCACCAACCACCUCCGCAGCAGAGAAAACUCAUGUUCCACCACAAGAUGAUCAAAUCACCAUUACCACAACAAAUGAUAAUGCCUAUUGGCGUUACAACCGCUGGAUCCAACUCAGAGUCAGAGGAUCUUAUGGAGGAAGAAGGCGGAGGAAGCUUGACAUUCCGGCAGCCACCACCACCACCAUCACCGUAUAGUUACGGACAUAAUCAGAAGAAAAGGUUUAGGACAAAGUUUACACAAGAGCAAAAGGAGAAGAUGAUUAGUUUUGCGGAAAGAGUUGGUUGGAAGAUUCAGAGACAAGAGGAAUCUGUUGUUCAACAGCUUUGUCAAGAGAUUGGAAUUAGGAGAAGAGUUCUUAAAGUUUGGAUGCACAACAACAAACAAAAUCUCUCCAAGAAGAGCAACAACGUUAGUAACAAUGUCGACCUUUCUGCUGGUAAUAACGACAUUACUGAAAAUCUUGCUUCUACUAAUCCUUAGUUAAGUUCAGAUUGUUGUUAUAUAACUUCACUCAUGUGAUUACUUAAUUAAUUAAGUACUUUCUUAUCGUAUGGUUAAUGUUUUCUCCUUUCUCGGCUAAUCAUUGUUUAGGUAGCUUUAUAAACAUGUGUUUUAUUAGGGUACCUAUAAUCUUGGUUUUGGAGCGUGUAAGAUAAGUUUUUGAUGUUUUCUUAUAAUGUAUGUUUAAGAAAAUUCUUGGCGAUUUAACCAAUGCAUUGGGAUGUGCACUGUUAUUAUUUAC